AUCGUUCGGAAGUUCCCCUUCCCUUUGUCUUCUCUGCGUCUUUCACUCCUUUGUGCAUCGUGUAUAUAUACACUCUAUAUUCCCUUCUUCUUUCACGUUAUUCUUGUCUUGUAUUCAUCUUUAUAAUAUUAUUCAUUCCCUUCGUUUCCCCAUGAACAAUGCCCACUGCUUCCAAUCAGCUGCCUAACCAGAUACGCUCCCUCCGUCGGUCCGCAACUCUCCCUCCUACGCUAGACCCUCUCAGACAACGCAACCAUGACUCUCUAGGUUCCUCAGACGACAUCUUGUUUUACCAUCCAUCCGCGAAAAUAGUGCAUUUCUCCCCCAGGGCCGUCGUGCCGAUUCCUUCGAGCUCUGCCCCGACUGACUUCGACUAUCCCGUUGAUACCAUUGAGACGCUUCCGUGGAGGUCUGCCACCGAACGAACCGUGGCCCUUGCACCGCUCAGACUCGAAAGAGGAUUGACCGUGUUCCUCAAGUGCGGAAGUGUCGUCCAGGCCAUCCUGAAGAACUCCCAGUGUUGGUGUGUUGAUGGCGAGUCGACAUUUGUCCUGCGUAUUGGGCCCCUUAAAUACUACCGCAUUGAGCUUCCGCUCCGAACAGAAGAGGAUAGACAUUAUGUUGACCGGUUGAAGAGUGCGCUGCCGGGCGUACUUCGUUAUGAAGUUACCCCUUGUCCCUUCAAGCGAGGAUUUACGGUCGAGUUGCCUCAGGAAGCUGUAGUCCCGAAGAAGAAGAGGGCAUGGCGUCCGAGGGAACGCAGAGAAAGCGCUCCAGUCUAUCCAACUUUCGCACCGGAAUUGAAACAUGACAGAAAUGAAUAUGCCAAGAAUCGGCCGAGCACUGCGGGUGGUACAAGAAAGGGUUCUGCGGAUAUUGGCUCGUUCUCGGCCGGCAGACCAAUCCUAGAGACCAUUCCAGAUGAUAUUGAAUCAUCAGCGCCUUUGGGCGAUGUUCCCAAGGACGCUGUGGUUUUUCUACAGCCACAAACUGCUCCACAGGAAGACUUCAAUACUUUGCGGGCGAAGUUUGAAGCCGACAAGCAGCCUGGAGUCAAUCGUGAUCUAUCACUGUCGUCGAGUAGCGACUCUUUUCAAUCGAUACAACACCCUUCAUCUCCCCCUGCAUUGAGUCCAUACUCUACAUCUGAAGAUUCGGACUCAUCCGAGGAUGCCGAGCGGAUAACAAAGGCACCUCACUGCAAUAGUGAAAACCCAGUGGAGCCGACUCCUUCCCCAGGGCCAAUUCUGUUGGCUAAAGAGGAGCCUAUGGAAUAUGCUGAGCAUGACGGCGAGCCGGCUAUAUGCCAAGAUUCCUUAGAACAUACUACUGCUGAGCAGAAUUCUAGAUCAUCCCUUUCACUCGGUUGUAUUGAUGAGUCGCCGGAGUUCCAGCGUCCCCCGAGUGAGGAUCCGCCGGAAAUAACGGUUUUUCAAGACAAUUCCCCAUUGGCACGCCCAGAAAACCAGAGUGUUCGCUCCGAACAGGAUCACCCGGAAACCUGUGAAGACGUGCAUCGGAGUCUUCCAACUUCUGCUGCCGCGGAGCAAGAGCCGGUGCUACUCACGGUUUCCGACACACAGGUAUCCCGCUUUCCGCGGAGAUUCUCUGCAGCACUUUCAUCUUCCGAUAUGAAUGACAUGACUGCUAGCAUUCGGUAUCGUGCUAAGGAAUCUAGGAUGCGAGAGAUGUCUCCUAUGCCUCCGCCUUCCACUUUGCAUCAACCCCGUCCACACUGGUCAGCCAAGCGGGCGACCGCAUCUUUCUUCCACAAGACUUGUACACUAGUUCUGGUUCCCCCGGUUCAGCUUCUCCUGGUUCUCAUCCAUGUUGCAGCCCAAAUCGUAAUAAAGCCGGGUCAGAACUCCAAUGAUCUAGAAAAUGAGGAUGACUACGGCGUGCCUAUUACCCCUGGACGGGCAGCCUCCGAUAAGGCCAAGCGACAUGCGGACUAACUUUUACUGGAGACCUGGCACAAGUCACACGUGCAGUCAUUGAACUGACCAUCUUUUUUCCUCGGCCAAUUCUAUCCGCGUACGAUCUCUUUUUCGGGCUCUGUUAUUACCUCGAUCUCCCUCCUUUCUCUCAUUUCGUCGAUUCCCCCCUCAUGGACUGUCUUUCAUUAUUUAUAAUUUCUUAUUUGGCUGGACAUUCUUCGUUUCUCGAGGAUAUUUCACUUUACACAAGGACAUCUUGGCGUCUCGUCUAUGAUUCUUGAAUUCCCACCUCGACGGACUUGUAAUAUGAUUUUAUUUGGAUGGACAUAUAUACGGUAUACAUUGCAUAGGUUUUCUCUGUACUUAGCGAUCUGGAGAAAUUUAAUAUGACGAG